AUGGUUUCCUCUGAGAUAACCUCUGUUACUGCGGUGCGUGCACAGGGCCCAAAGCUUUUUAGAGGGAAGAUCCUUCUGCCAGGGGGGGCUCCAGAUGUCGUCCCUUCUGAAAAUGUUGAGUUCGAUUUUUCUGAUGUUUUUGGGCCUAGUGCAGUCCAGACUCACACAGAAGUGAGUAUUCUCACUCCUGACAGUCCAGCACCUGUGGCUGAGUCCAACGAUGAGGUUUACGAUGACCCUGAUGUCAUUGUCAAACGAUCUCAUUCUCUUGUUGGUCCAUCGUCUCUUGUUAGUCAGUCUUUGCCAUUUAGCAAGCUUACACUGCACAAAACAGAGAUCUCAUUGGAACUUUCAGAGUGCCCUUCCAAAGAAAAGCAGAUCAACCAAGGGUCCCUUAGUGAUGAUGAGUUUGAUGAUGUAAAAAAGGAGAAUGAGGGUGUUGGACUAGAUGACUUUGAAGUUUUGAAGCUCGUUGGCCAAGGGGCAUUUGGCAAAGUAUAUCAGGUGAGAAAGAAAGGUACUUCUGAAAUAUAUGCAAUGAAAGUUAUGAGGAAGGACAAGGUUGUGGAGAAGAAUCAUGCUGAGUACAUGAAAGCUGAGAGAGAUAUACUGACAAAAGUUGACCAUCCUUUCGUCGUGCAGCUGAGGUACUCUUUUCAGACAAAGUACCGACUCUACCUUGUCCUGGACUUCAUAAAUGGAGGCCAUCUCUUCUUCCAGCUUUACCACCAGGGUUUAUUUAGGGAGGAGCUUGCACGCAUCUACACUGCUGAAAUUGUAUCUGCUGUAGCCCACCUCCAUGCCAAUGGUAUUAUGCAUAGAGAUUUGAAGCCUGAGAACAUCUUACUGGAUGCUGAUGGUCAUGCUAUGCUGACUGACUUUGGCGUGGCAAAAGAAUUUGAUGAAAACACUAGAUCAAACUCAAUGUGUGGUACUGUUGAGUACAUGGCCCCAGAAAUUGUUCAGGGCCGAGGUCAUGAUAAGGCUGCAGACUGGUGGAGUGUGGGAAUUCUUCUUUUUGAAAUGCUUACGGGAAAGCCACCGUUUAUUGGUGGAAACAGAGACAAGAUUCAACAGAAGAUAGUAAAGGAGAAGAUAAAGCUGCCGACAUAUUUAUCUAGUGAAGUUCACUCUCUGUUGAAAGGAUUACUGCACAAAGAAGCUGGCAGACGGCUGGGAAGUGGACCAGGCGGCAGUGAUGAAAUCAAGAACCACAAGUGGUUCAAGUCUGUAAACUGGAAGAGACUGGAGGCCCGUCAGAUCCAGCCAAGCUUCCGGCCGAAUGUUGCUGGCAAGACCUGCAUUGCAAACUUUGAUGAGUGCUGGACGAACAUGCCUGUGCUUGACUCUCCAGUGGCCAGCCCUGUUGCAGCCAACAGCAACUUUGUGGGGUUCAGUUAUGUGAGGCCGGCACCGUUCCUCCAAAAGCCGAAUCCCCUUGGCUGA